AUGCCUGAUGCAUUGAGCAAGACUAUACCCAUCUGGUGUGCUGUGAUCAAUCGGUUACUAUUCGGGGAGAUGCAUGAAAGUCACAAGCUGGGUACGCCGAAGGAGGUCGUGGGUGCAUCAGAGCACGCCCAGAUUGAGGCGCUUCUUUACGGGUUUGUUGAUGAUGUGAAGGAUCUCGGCCUUGACCUAUCCUCCCUACGCUCAGUCUUGAAGAAGCCACUCCGACCAUCCUGGGUCACCCACGAUUCGACGUCCACGCACGAAACCGGUCCCUCCACGCACUAUCACACCAUAAUCUGCUGUACAGCAUCCAGACGCGUGUUCGGCGCAGAAAUGUCGGAGGAUGGAUACAUUCAAGGAGCUGGAGACGACAGCGAAGGCUGGUCGAAUGGUCUGACGCCAACCCUGUUCUGGAGGCAUAGUGAACAACUUCUGGCAGCAGUCGAGGUAGACAUGCCAUGUCUAAUUCAGGGUUUGACUACUACGCAUCAGGACCAUGGUGCCGCUAGUAGUGAUGCUGUGAAGCUUGGCCUUACGAGACUUCACAUUGGCACUCUGUCGAGCGCUGCGCAAGCUGAGCAAUAUGAUGGUAUUGUCAUCUGCGGUGACGCUACGCCCUCCAUGCCAGACCAAAAGGCCAAAGACGAAACAGGAAAGAGAACCCUAGAUCUACUGUGUGGUAAUGGGAAGCUAGGCAGUCGAGCUCUUCGCUCUCAAUUACCUCGCAUCCCUCCAUUUAUUGCCAGUCUUCCGGACUAUGGCUCACCACCAAAGAUUCUGUUCGUGUGUCCCACGGGAAAGGAUCUGUCUGUUGGUACUGCGCUGACGGUGCUUUGCCUGUUCUUUGACAAUAAAUAUCGUUUCAGCCGCCAUGCGACUAGUACGUCAAUCGAUAAGGCCCUCAUUCGCCGACGUCUCGCCCUUAUCACAACAGCAAAGCCUGAUACCAACCCCUCGCGCUCGACCCUACAGAGUGUGCAUUCCUUCCUGAUGCCUAGGCUUGACUGA